UUCAUAAUGUUGGAGCUUUCCUAUGCAUAACAUUGCUGUAUUGAGACCUGUGUUCGGUUAACAAGAAAGAUGGGUGAGAAAAUCACGUAUGACACAUUCUUCGCCAGAAGCUUUAGUCGUUCUGAUCAAAGGAAACUCGGAUACGCUGCGUUUCUCGGUUGUUUGCUCAUUGCAUUGAGCUUCUGUCUUGUUUUCAGGCCCUACUCCGCCGCCGCUCCUCCGUCGUCAGUUGGUUUGAGUAACGGUGUACCGACGAGAAUGAAUAUAGUCUGCAAAUCAGAAACAAGAUCAGAUAUCUGCGAGAUCCAUGGUGAAGACAUAAGGAUUGAUGCAAAGUUCUCUACUGUUUUCGUCUCUGCUUCAUCCCAAGAAGAAAACAGCUCCGUUCUCAUCGGACCUUAUUGUCGAAAAGGAGACGAAAUCGCCAUGAGAAGAGUGAAGAAAUGGUUGGUGAAACCAGUGGUGGAUGCCAAUGGUAUUGCCAUCCCCGGUUGUAAUCAGAGUCACAAUGUUCCGGCCAUCCUCUUCUCCCUCGGAGGAUAUUCAGGGAACAAUUUCCAUGACUUUACAGACAUCAUUAUCCCGCUGUAUUCGACGGCUCGAGUGUUCAACGGAGAGGUCAAGCUUCUUGUUACAAACAGCAAUCCAUGGUGGAUCAACAAGUUCCGAAAUUUAGUGCAGAAGCUGUCUAAUUACGAGGUUAUAGACAUCGAUAAUGAAGCAAACGUCCAUUGCUUCACAACUGUUGUUGUUGGUCUCAAACGUGCCCCUCAAGAGCUGAGCAUCGAUCCUUUGAAAUCGCCCUACACGAUGAAAGACUUCAGACAGUUCCUGAGAAGUGCAUACUCCAUAAACAAGGUCACCGCGAUCGAAAUAGACGACGACAAUAACGUGAAGACGAGACCCCGGCUCCUCAUCGUCGCGAGAAACCGAACAAGGGCGUUCAGGAAUACGGAUGAGAUCGUUAGAAUGGCAAGCGAUUUGGGGUACCAAGUAGUGGUAGCCGAGGCCAAUGGGAACAUACAAAGAUUUGCAGAGAUUGUGAAUUCAUGUGAUGUCAUGAUGGGAGUGCACGGAGCCGGUUUAACCAACAUGGUUUUUCUGCCCGAGAAUGCAGUUUUGAUCCAGAUAAUUCCGAUCGGAGGGGUCGAAUGGCCGGCCAGAGUGGCGUUCGGAGAGCCGUCCAAGGACAUGAACAUAAGGUACUUGGAUUAUAAGAUUAAAACAGAAGAGAGUAGCCUGAUACAGCAAUACCCGGUGGAUCACGAAGUUUUCAACAGUCCAUUGUCCAUUUCGAAACAGGGUUGGUUGAAAUUCAAGGAAGUGUAUUUGGACAAACAGGAUGUCAUCCUUGACAUCAAUAGGUUUAAACCCACUUUGCAAAGAGCUCUUGAGCUUCUACAUAGGUAAAUAUAUGCGGGUACCUAAGUUUUACCCGUUUAUCG